AUGAAAUAUUUACAAAUUAGCUUCCUCAUGUUCUUUGUCCUAAUUUCUUUUAGUCUUAUACACUACGUAGAUGGAAAGAAAAACAUACCAAAAGCAGAAGAAGAUGAUUUGGAAAUUGAGAGACAGCUAAGAGUUUUAAACAAAAAACCAGUUAAAACCAUUAUAACUGAGGCUGGUGACAUAAUAGAUUGCAUAGACAUUUAUAAGCAACCGGCACUUGAUAAUCCAUUGCUCAAGGAUCAUAAAAUCCGGAUGAAUCCAAGCUCAAUUCCAGGAGACAAAAAAAGUAAAAAUGUUUCAACAUCCUCUAUCUUUGGUGGGCUUCAAAGGGCACGUUGUCCUUCGGGGACAGUACCUAUUCGCAGAACAACUAGAGAAGACUUGAUUAACGCUAAAUAUUUGGCAAAAAAAUCCGAACCAAUCGAUGCAAACGGUUAUCCUAACAUCGGUAACAAUUUUGUCUCUGUAGUAGAAGACAUCCGAGGGAAAAAAUAUUUCGGAGCCGCGGCUUCUAUGUCUAUACAUAACCUUACAGUACGACCUGACCAGUACAGUACUUCUCAGAUUUGGAUUGUGAAUGCAACUCAACCGGAAAUAAAUAGUAUUCAAUUCGGAAUAAUGAAAUGUCCUUCCGUAUUCGCAGCUGGUGAUAGUCGCACUCGACUAUUUGGUUAUUGGGGUGUUAAGGUUGGACAACAAACUACUGGUUGUUAUAAUAUGUUGUGCGAAGGCUUCGUUCAAGUCAGUGAGGACAUACAUUUAGAACAUUCGUUUACGCAGUCGUCAAUAUAUGGGCAAAGAAUAUAUGAUGUGUAUCUGAAGGUAUACCAGGUUCAAGAAGUUGGUGACUGGUGGUUAAGCGUAGGACCGAAUGCUGAGAACACUGAAGAUGUAGGAUACUGGCCGGCUGAGAUUUUUACACAUUUAAGAAACAGUGCAUCAGCUGUACGAUUUGGUGGAAAUGCAGGAUCAUUAUCUCAAGCAUCAAGUCCGCCGAUGGGAAAUGGAUAUUUACCUCAACUUCUAGACUAUAAGAAGACAGCUUUCAUGAGGCAAAUGAAGUAUAUAAACGAGAUGGGAAACCCCGCUAACCUAGAUCCACGCACAGUGCGAACCAUAAAUGGUGCACCACCGCAAUGCUAUGAUAUUAAGUUUGCUGGUCAGUUAGCGGGUUCGGGGAACACUAUGGCGUAUGGUGGACCUGGUGGUAUCUGUAACUAGUAUAAUGAGAAUGUGAUUAUAGAUUGAUGGAAACCACCGGAAUAAUAAUAUUAAUUUUGAGAUUGUAAUAACUUUGUUGUUUUA